UUGACAUUCUGAGAGUGAGCACUUUGCGCUAAAUCCCUUUUUCCCAACCUGGCCUCAAGCUAAAGCUACGAAAUCAUCGCCAUCCUCAACUGAGUCGCACCUCAGAUCAACCAAGUCAUUUCAAGCUAAAGUUACGGAGUCGCAUCGUCAUCCACAUCCUCAACCAAAAGGAGUGCAUAUUGGUUGGAAUCUAGACCUCAAGACUUGAGGUUGCAUCUAGUACAAAACAUAUGAGAAGAAGAAAUAAGAUAUCUAAGAAAACUAAAACAUUGAGAUCUUCUAUGCAGGGAAGAAAAUCUGAAGCUCGAGAUUUGGAACAUCAAGAUUUUGAGUCAACGAGGAUGCUGAUGAGGAUUCCCUUUCCUUGCGACUUUUCGAGCAGCAGACGAGGACGGCGAUGACUACUUCUCUCCCUUGAGACUCUGGGAGUAGCCAACGAGGACUCCUCUCCCCUGUGACAGCCAACGAGGUUUCACUUCCAGAAUUCUAGCUCCUGUGGAGAGUACUCCCCAAAUGCUCAAGGCCUACCAGACUCGUAAACGACGACGGGCUCCCAGUUCCGAAGCCGUUUCUGGUGAUGAUGCUGAGGAUGAUGAUGACGGGGCAUCGUCGGUGGGACUUAUAGAUGACCCUAUCAUGGACGGGGUGGAUUCCAACAUACAGUUUUCGCCUACCCAGUUCUCCCAGUUACUCCUUUCCAUUCUGUGGACUUCCCUUCUCGUGGGCCCUCUCUGGCCGCACCGCAAGCUACGCCCAGUCCUACCGGUGAGUAUGAUGCUCGGGAUCCUCUAGCUGCUCGGAUUUCGACCGGUCCGGGCCGCCCUCGUCUUCGUCCCUACGAUCCUGGUCAUAUGGACUUCAUUGUUCGUGGAGUGCGAGAUAUGGUACCAGCCCAUCGGCGCUUCUGGAUUGAUAGUACUCCGAUGGAGACCUUGAGUUCCCGCCAAGUUGGAGAUUCCAUGAACAUGGUUAUGCAAUCCAUCGGGCUUCACCAGCGCCUGCAGGAGGCCUCACGAGAGUAUACUGAGUUAGAAAAGACACAACAGGGUUUAGAGCGUACUCUCCGGGAAGAGGAGGAGGCUCGUAGGCGCGUCAUGAGAGAAUUAAAAACCUUGAAGGAAGCACACCAGACCCUGCAGCAAGAGUAUCAGGCCUUGGGGGAUAAGCAACAGGCCCAUCAGGAGGAUCACAGGAUUCUGGGGGAGAAGCACAAAACUUUGAGGGAGGAGCACCAGGUCCUGCGGGGGGAACACAAAACUUUGCAGGAGGAGCAUAAAAAACAGCGGCUAGAUCAUGACAAGGCCCUUGAGGGUGUCGUGGAGGACUGGCAAAGGACUGAAGAUUUUGCGCGCGCUGCCAGUGAAUAUUCGUUCACACGUAUGCCUGGGCUGAUCCGCUGGUGGUUAGGGCAUUCGGAUCGUUCUGGCGAAGGUAUGGUCGAGGCCAUGUUAAGGUGGCAAUCUGUGCAGGAGUACCAUGAUUAUACGGGCCCUCCACUUGUACAGGUCCUCCAGGAAUGGGCCACUACCCCCGGGGGCAGGGCGGCCAUGGGGCCGGUAGCGGAGGUGUGGUUGAGCGAGACGCUAGAAGGUCAAACCAGGUUGGUGCAGGAAUGCAAAACGACGUUUUACAUGGGGCAACGAGAUGUGCAGGACAAGCUUUACGGGAAGCUGGAACGUCGGUUCACCUCUUUCAGUAUUGAAGGGUGGAAACUGCCAGACGUCCUUCCUCUUCGACCUACUCGAGCUCCGGCCACUCCUUCUUCUACCACGCCUGCUGGCGGUGAUGUGCUUAUGACUCCUGAGGUGGCCCAACAUGGUGUGACGUCGUCUGUUGCGGCUCCCUCGGAACCUGUGGCCGGAUCUGGUAUUUUCGGGAGCGUAGACCCUUUCAAUCUCCAUCUCACUAUCAACUCAGGCUCCGGAUUUUCUAGCUCGGCUGCCGCUUCUGCAGCCCCAUAGCCUUUAGACAUAGAUAGCGGAUUUUUUUUUUGUUUCUAAUUUCGGA